AUGGCGUACAGAAUUACACCAAAAUUACAGGAGAAGAUCAACCAUUAUGCAAAGUUUCCUCAAACUGGAGUGUCGUUAAGACAGAUGGUUAUGUUUGGUCAAAACCCUUCUCAAGGAACCUUAUUUAGAGCUAGUCAAUUUUUGUCAGAUGAAUUACCAAUUAGAUUGGCACGUAGAGUUAAAGAGUUAGAUGAUUUACCUCAUCAUCUUAGUGAAAUGCCAUCUAUAAUUAAAGUAAAGAAUUGGUAUGCUCAAUCUUUUGCGAUCGAUGAGGUUGAUUGGCCACCGGAAAUUCGAUAUUAUAAUGAAAAAUUUACAAAAUUAAUAGAAGGAAUUAAGAAGCGUCACGAUCCUGUUGUGACUAAUGUGGGUAAGGAAGAUAAAAAUAUUAUUGAUGUAGAUGUUCAAUCUUUUUUGGAUCGUUUUUAUAUGUCACGGAUUGGGAUUCGUCAACAUGUAGCAUUAAACCGACUACCAUCAAGAUCAGAUUAUGUAGGUAUAAUUUGUACCAAAACAAAUAUAGGACAAGCUGUUCAAGAGGCUGCUGAUAAUGCAAAAUUUAUCUGUGAGGAGUAUUAUGGACUAUUUAAUGCGCCUGAAAUUCAAUUGUACUGUCCUGAUGAUUUGAACUUUACCUAUAUACCGACUCAUUUGAGUCAUAUGCUUUUUGAAUUAUUGAAAAACAGUUUACGUGCUGUGGUUGAGUUUUCAGGUGAUGAUGCAGAUGAAUAUCCACCAAUCAAAAUUAUUGUUUCAAAAGGACAAGAGGAUAUCACUAUAAAGAUAUCAGAUGAAGGCGGUGGCAUUCCAAGAAGUAGUAUUCCUUUAGUUUGGACCUAUAUGUACACGACAGCACAAGCAAAAGCGUUAGAUCCAGAUUUUAAUCAAAAGGAAUUUAGAGCACCAAUGGCCGGAUAUGGUUAUGGAUUACCAAUUAGCAGACUGUAUGCAAGAUAUUUUGGUGGUGAUUUAAAGCUGAUUUCAAUGGAAGGGUUUGGAACAGAUGUUUAUCUUCAUUUGAAUCGACUUUCAAAUAGUGAUGAACCUCUUCAAUAA